UAUCUAGUGUGCUUAUAUGACUGAUAGUGCGCCAAGUGUAAUUCGGCCUCGGUGAAUAUUGUGCGCGCGGGGAAUACAGGCAUUGUGUGUGUGUGUGUAGAGACUGCUCAUUUCUUUCUCAUAUUGUGAAGAAACACUUGUUCAUAGUGAUAAUAUGUGGAACCAAGGGUCUUAUGGCGAGGCAAGCAUGGGUGGUGGAUACACUCAGUCACCUGGGGGCUUUGGCUCACCUGCUGCUUCCCAGGGAGGAGAGAAAAAAGGGAGGACACGGGCACAGCAGAUAGUCCCCUGUACAGUGUCGCAGCUAAUGUCUGCAGCCCAGGCAGAAGAUGUCUUCAGAGUAGGCGAGGUGGAGGUUGCACAAGUUACUAUGGUUGGAAUCAUCAGAAGCACAGAUAAGUCCAUGACUAACAUUCAGUACAAAGUGGAUGACAUGACGGCGGCCCCCAUGGAUGUGAAGCAGUGGGUAGAUACAGAGGAUCCCAGUGUGGACAGCUCAGUCAUUCCUCCAGACACAUAUGUCAAAGUCUCUGGCAACCUGCGUUCUUUUCAGAAUAACAGGUCUUUGGUGGCAUUCAGUGUCCGGCCAUUAGAGGAUAUGAAUGAGAUCACUUCUCAUAUGCUUGAGGUCGUGCAGGCUCAUAUGCUGCUGAGCAAACCACAGACAAUGAUGGGAGGAGGAGGCAUGAACAGCAGCAUGGUGCCUAUGACCCGCCCUGGCCUGGGUGGCAUGGGCAUGAGUGGUGGCUACUCUGGUGCCAAUUCCAUGGCCAAUAAUGGAUUAAACCCUAAUCAAAAUCAGGUUUUAUGUCUGAUAAAGAGCUGCCCAGAACCUCAGGGGAUCAGCAUACAGGAGUUAAAGCAAAGACUAAGUGGCAUGAGCAUGACUAUAAUCAGGCAGGUUGUGGACUUUCUCAGCAAUGAAGGACAUAUUUUCUCUACUAUCGAUGAGGACCACUUCAGAUCAACAGAUCAAGAGGCCUAAGGACCAUCUAUCAUCUUUAAGCACUGCAACAGUAAACCAUCUCUAACUGCCUGCUAAUUAUAAAACUAGAUUCGUUUAUGCUAGCAGAUUAUAUGCACUGCCUCAGCAAGAACAUGUUGCAUAAUCUUUGCUAUGAAUACGUUAUGGCCAGGAAAUGGUCAGCCUGAUGAGUCUUGACGGAGAGAACAUUCAGGAUGAGAGGUUAUUCAUGCAGGUCUCUCAACAGUUCAUGUAGUUUGUGAGGGAAACAUAAAAAGCAGUAAAGAAUAAUAAUAAAAAACUCUUUUGAUAAACAUUUUAAUAUUAAUGUACACAGUGUCCUUUAAAAAAUUUAUUUCCUUAAAUAAAUGUUUAAAUGUCUUUUUUUUUCUUCUUUAGAUGUUACUAUUUCUUUUUUUCCUACUGUCUAAUAAAAAAGGAAGUUAAAACACAA